AUGAAUUUCCUGCGAAGGCGUCUCUCAGACAGUAGUUUUGUGGCUAACUUGCCAAAUGGUUAUAUGAUGGACCUUCAGCGUCCAGAUAAUUCCACCAGCAACCCUGUUUCCCCAGCAACAGAGAGGAGGCAGCAGCCAAUACAGCAACCAACUGCUCUUUCUUCUGGUACCAGCAUCUUCAACUCCAUCUCCAGUGCCAUGAAGCAAACCACACAAGCAGCUGCAGGACUCAUAGAGCAGUCAGCAACUACUGCCCCUGUAGCCCAACAGAAACCUCAAAUUCUCUUGAUAAUUGAUGACCCCCACACAGAUUGGGCUAAGUAUUUUCAAGGAAAGAAGGUGAAUGGGGAAUUUGAGAUCCGAGUGGAACAGGCAGAGUUUUCAGAACUCAACUUGGCUGCCUAUUCAACUGCUGGCUGUAUGGUAGACAUGCAGGUCAUCAGGAAUGGCACAAAAGUGGUCAGAUCUUUCAAGCCUGAUUUUGUUCUCAUCCGUCAGCACGCUUACAGUAUGGCCUUAGGAGAAGACUUUCGCAGCCUUAUCAUUGGCCUCCAAUAUGGUGGGGUCCACAGUGUCAAUUCACUUUUCUCUAUCUACAAUUUCUGCAGCAAACCUUGGGUGUUCUCUCAGCUAAUUAAGAUUGUCAACUCAUUGGGUCCAGAGAAGUUUCCUCUUGUAGAACAAACAUUCUUCCCAAGCCAUAAGCAGAUGCUCACAACUCCAGUUUUUCCAAUGGUCAUCAAGCUAGGACAUGCUCAUGCAGGAAUGGGAAAGGUGAAAAUUGAGAACCAACAUGAUUUCCAAGACAUUGUAAGUGUGGUAGCCAUGGCCAAAACAUAUGUCACGACAGAGGCUUUUGUUGACUCCAAAUAUGACAUCCGAAUCCAGAAAAUUGGCAACAAUUACAAAGCUUACAUGAGGACAUCAAUCUCUGGAAACUGGAAAGCAAACACAGGUUCUGCCAUGUUGGAACAGAUCGCCAUGACUGAGAGAUACCGACUCUGGGCAGAUUCUGUUGCAGAGAUGUUUGGCGGCCUUGACAUCUGUGCAGUCAAAGCUGUUCACAGCAAGGAUGGCAAAGAUUAUAUCAUUGAGGUGAUGGACAGCUCAAUGCCUCUGAUAGGAGAGCAAGUGGAGGAAGAUAGGCAGCUUAUAGCUGAUAUGGUGGUCUCCAGGAUGACACAGACUUUAACAACUGUGGGAUCUUCUCCUUCUCCUCUGAGGCCUUGGGUAAGAACAGGAGGCAUCUUUCAGAGAAAUCAAUCUAACCAGCCUCAAUCAUUGAAAUCACAAAUGUCAGGACCACAUCUUGGACAGCUUUCCCAACCCCGACCACCACCUCAAGGUGGCCCAUGGCAGCCUCAAGGAUCACAGCCCAUACAGCCAGGACCUCCACCUCAGCAAAGGUUGUCCCCACAGGGUCAGCAACCACUGAGUCCUCAGUCCACCUCAGCCCAGCAGCAGAAAUCACCUGGAUCUCCCCAGCAGACUAGAUCGUCAGCAGGAAGCUCACCAAGUCAGCCUUCCAAAUUAGGCACAUUUCCCGCCCAGCAACCUCGGCCUCCAGCACAAGGAUGGGCUCCUGGCCAAGGAUUCAGUGAACCUUCUAAGCAGCAUCCUCAUCUAAACAAAUCACAAUCCUUGACAAACACCUUCAACAUCUCAGAAUCUUUACAGCGAGGUAUCACAAAUGAAGAUGAGGCAAAGGCUGAAACCAUCCGCAACCUGAGGAAGUCAUUUGCUAGCCUGUUUUCUGAUUAGCAUCACAACCCAAUUUUGGAUAUUUGGGUCUUCUUUUCUUGCAAAUCCAUAACUCGUUUUAUAGUUCCCUAUACAAAUUUGUCUUUAAAUGUAUCGAUCAUUAUAGUUUCUUGUAUGUAUUCCUAUAUUCAGCAAAGGUGGAAAAAAUCAAAAAGCAAUCAAAUCAGCCUCCCUCUGCUCUGGAUCCCACUAGCAUCUAAAUGCUAUCCUCAACUUAAAGAAAGCAAACACAUGUCCAUCAUCAUCCACACACAGAGGUUAUCUCAUGCACGAUCAGGCCUAUAAAAUGCUGCAGUGUGUAUAAACUGCCUUGAACACUUGCUAUGCCAUUUACGGCAGAUGUGCAGAAAAGAGGCACAUGAGGCGAAACAUAUAAUCAUCUCACUCAAUGUUCAUUUAUCUUAACUAUUUUUAUCUACUAGCAUGAUUCUUCAUGUCUUUUAUAAGUCAGAUUCUAGUUUACUCUUUUAAAAAUUCAAUUAUAAAACUACUCCUCAGAAAAUGUGUUAUCUAUGACAUCCCCUUGACAUCCAGAAUUAUUCCUUCUCAAUUCAAAUUUCCUGGACUAAAUAAUUGCAAUUCUUAGGUAGGACACAGUUGAAUCAUUUUACUUUGAUUGGUGUACAACCAGGAUGAAAUCCAUUCUAAUUCCCAGAUGCGGCAUUGUAUAAAAAGAUCAUUUGGAAUUAAAAUCCUUUGCUCGCUGUUACAAUAGCGCAAAUCACCUAAGAUUGUCCUAUUCCAAAGUAAUAAUUUAAACUAUAAUGAUAUAAGCCUUUAUAUUGAAGUACCAUGUGUAUGGAAACAAAUAUACAGGUCUUAAACUAUACAAGCAUGUCAGAAUUCAUCUUUAUAGCAGUGUAUCAUGCAGUUCAGAAAAAGGUGAUUGAAGCAAACAUCUUUGAUCCACAUUGGGACUAGGAUUUCACAAUGAACUACCUCUCUAGAGAAAUCAAGUUAUGAAAUUCUUAUUUUGCAAAGUUACAUAAAUGCAUACAAAAGUGAUAAAACUGUAUAGAAAGAAGCCAGACACCAUGAAGUACAACUCAGUAUUUCGAGGCCAGCAAAAUAGGAAGUAGCAAUUCAUUCAGGAUAACAAAAUAUGGGAAAUGUUUCUUCCCAGCCUCAAAGUUGUCCCCAAUAUCAGUAUCCAAAUUAUGCAGUAUGGCAUAACAUUUUAGCCACUCAAUAAAAUCAGAAUACAAGUGAAGUGUUAAAAGAGAUGAGGAAACUAUGAGUUCUGUUGCAGAGAUUUCUCACUUUAAGCAUUGAUACGAUCGACCUCCUUUUAUUGCAGUAUCUAUGCAAAAGUAAUGCAAAUGGGAUGUUGCAUUAUGUAUGCAUUUGCUGUAUAUAGAUUCUAGAGCAGGCAUGUCCAACACACAUGGCCCUAGACAGCUAAUUCAGCCCCACAAAAUUGUAAAUUUAUAACGUGAUUUAUAUACAUUACCAAUGUUUUAUAUGCAGCUCAAGACAAUUCCUUUUCACUCAGUGCAGCCCAGGCAAGCCAAAGGUUGGAUACCCAUGCUCCAGAGUAAGUCUACUGCAAGCACAUAAUUUUUCAACCCAGUAGAGGCCAAGUUCAAAAAACCCAGACAAACUGCUUUGUUCCUUAAUAUUGUUUGUACAGGCAAAGCUGUGGAUAUGUUAGCAAGAGCUACUUUUUUCACGUUCUAGAAUGGAACAUUACCUACCGCCCCACCUUUUUCCCAAAUCCUGUAAAAACAUUUGGUAGACUUAGGAAAACAAACAUUACCACUACUUUGAAUGUUUUAUCAGCUAUCUGGAAUGCAUCUGAAGAACAAUUCAGCAUUUCAAGAGAAGUACAGAUAAGGAUCCACUUCCAUUUAAAAUGACCCAAUUGGAAUUGCUCAUCAAACCCAGCACAUGGUUUACUAAGCUAAAUGUUCAUAGCAAGGUGAUCUAAUUUCUUCAAUAUUAUCAGUAUGACUUACUUCUCUAAAUGUGUCAUGUAGGAUUGCACUAUACAGCCAACUGUUCAAUUUCAGUGCGCGAUAAUUCUGAUAGAAUUUGCUAGUGAAGUUUCCCACCACCAGCACAUCAUAAAUUAAUGUAAUUCUUAGAUCUACUAA